AUGGCCACCUCUCAACCCCCCUUCGUCCAUAUUUCGCAAAUUCGUUCCUCGUCGCCCACGAAUCCGGGUCUUGCGCCUCAUGAAAUUUCUUUCCUCCGCCUCCUAGAUGCAAUCACCAAUGGCUCUCAAAUGGAGAUCUCAUACACGGGUACCGUGCUUGUCUACAAGCCGGGUUUGGUCACCGGCAGCACGGCCGGUACUGGAGCCAGCAGCGGCAUGAUCACCUACGAGAUUCCGUCAAACUGUAACCGCGGCCUCAGUUACUUCCUGAUCCCGCUCUGUCUACUGGCCCCCUUCGCCAAAGCACCCAUGAAGGUGCUCUUCACAGGACCCGGUGUCAUCACCUCGUCGACUCAGACUGGAGAUAUGUCCGUCGACAGCGUUCGUACUGCGAUCCUCCCUCUGUAUAAACAAUUCGGCAUCUUCAACAACAUCGAGCUCCGUAUCCUGAGACGCUCGAACACCGGUCCCACCGGCAGGGGUGGUGGUGGUGAAGUGCAGCUCGUGUUUGGCCACCAGGUCCGUCUGCCGAAGACUCUGCACUUGAUGAACGCGGGCCGCAUCAAGCGCAUCCGUGGUGUUGUAUACUCCGUUGGUGUGUCUGGCUCGAACAACGCUCGCAUGAUUGAGACCGCCCGUGGUAUCCUCAACCCACUUAGCCCAGAUACUUAUAUCUUCUCCGACGUUGCGUCUGCGCCUUUGGUACCAGCUCCGGAUAAGACCAACCCCCAGGCAAAGAAGAAGAUCGGCCUUGGAUUUGGGUUGUCCUUGGUGGCAGAGGUGGUCAAGCCCCCCGAGGAAGUUGGAAAGCAGUGUGCAUUCCAGCUUCUGGAGACAGUUGCCAAGGGAGGCUGUGUGGCUCCUGCAGCUGCCACGACCAUGUUUACUCUCAUGACCAUGGGUUCGGAGGAUGUUGGACGGCUGCAGGUUGGCCGAGAUGUUAUUGCUGACCCCAACGUUGUCCAGCUCGCUCGUGAUCUGUCCAAGUUCGGUGCCCCCGGCUGGGGUAUCCGUGACGCACCUGACAAUGGAGAUGGAGAUGUGAUUGUCAGCGUUGUCGGCCGUGGAAUCGGUAACGUCGGCAGAAAGGUUGCUUAA